AUGGUUCAAAGAGUUAAGGGAAAUAUUAGAAGUAACUGUGAAGUUCAGUCAGGGGCAUGUUCACACCAUUCACCGGCAGUAUCAUGUGUCGCCAAGUUGUCUAUAGGAGACUCGACGACACUUCUCGCCUGUAAAAACAUUGUAGAUAGUCCGGUGUCCCAAGCUCAGCCAGUGGUUUACAACUGUGAUGACUUUAUGUUGGAGCUUCUUGACUUGGCUUUCAAUGGUAAUGACUUUAUUCAGAUAUUUGGUGAUAUCACCUUCACAACAGAAGAUGUUGAUGCCAUUGACCCUAUCACCUUCCUCACCGAGGAAUCAUUCCUUCUUCUUCCAAAGUGGAUGGCAAAGCUGAAUAGUGCAAGUGAUAUCGCCCCCGGUCAGGGACAGACUGAAGGCACUCUCUCGCUUAGCUUCCGUACCAACGAGCCAUCAGGGGUGAUCAUGUACAACCGAGGUGCCGAUCACAUCACAGACUUCUUUGCUCUGGAGUUGUUGGAUGGCCACUUGUACCUGGUUCUAGAUCUAGGAUCCGGAGCUAUCCGCUAUAGGGCCGAUUCCCUUCCUCUCAACGAUGGUCUCUGGCAUUCUGUUGUGCUCUACAGACAUCAUAACAGAGGAACAUUACAGAUUGAUAAUCGAGACCCGGGCAAGUUUAACGUUGGAGGUACAAGUAAGCAUCUCAAUCUUGUGGAUCAUCUGGUGCUUGGAGGAAUUGAUUUUGAGAAUGAUUCAAACUUCUUACCAAUGGACUUGUACAGCGGGGCGCUACGGAGGGGUUAUGUGGGCUGCCUCAAGAACCUGGUCCUACAAGGGACAACUAUUGAUCUUCCAACUUAUGCUAUUGAACAAUCUAAUGGGAACGACAUUGGAGUCUACUGUAGGGAAGAAGAAGGGCAGUGCUCUAGCACACCCUGUAACCAUGAAGGAACUUGCACGGAGGGCUGGAACAGGUUCAUCUGUGAUUGUCGUAUAACUGGCUAUACUGGAAAGACAUGUGACGAAGAGGUAGCACGACUGUCCUUCAAUGGUAACCAGUACAUGCGCAUCACAGUAUCGGCAAACUCGCGCAGCAAGGUUGAAGACAUCUUCCUCAGGUUCCGCACUCGCUUCCCAGACGGCCUCCUGGUGGCCACCUCCUCUGAUAACGUGAUUGACAUGCUGAUGGUGGAGCUGAAGCAAGGAUUGAUACGGGUGAUCACCAACUAUGGUAUUGGUCAGACGGUCAUCACUGCAGGACACGGGCUGGAUGACAAUCGAUGGCAUGCUGUUCAUGUCCAGCGGCGGGAUGAUCGUCUUAUGGUCACUGUGGAUAAUACUGACAGAGCCGAAGCAUUUAACAUAACGUACGGAGUGAGUGAGAAUUUCCAGAGUGGUAUCCUUGAUUAUCAUUACAUCGAGGUCGGAGGGGCUGCCAAUCGUGACAGCAUGCCAGAUAACCCUGUCAACUUUGUUGGUCACAUGGAGCAGUUCCUGUACAACAACCAACCUUACUUUGACAUGGCCAAGGCACGAGAACUUGAUUACAUCAGAUUAAAUGCGACCUUUGGUGAGAAGAUGAGUCAGAGACCGAAGGUCAACCCGUUCACCUUCAGAACGAAAGAAGUCUUUGUCCAGCUGGAGACACCAGACUCAUAUCCAGCCCUGACGCUUUUCUUCCACUUCAAGACGACGGAGCCCAAUGGUCUGCUGCUCUACAGCAGCGGUGGCCGCACUGACUUCAUCUCAGUUGGACUGGUGGCAGGACAGAUACAGUAUGCCUUCAACAUGGGGGCCGGACCUGUCAAGAUCCAUGCUAACACACCCCACAAGCUCAACGACAACAAAUGGCACGAGGUGUCCAUCUCAAAGAACAGCGUAGGUCGACAUGUCCUGCAGGUGGAUAACUCAAUGAGUAUUGCUCAGCCGUCAUCCAAGGCAAGACAUCUAGACCUGACCGAGAACCUUUACGUUGGUGGAGUCGCUACAGAUAUGUACGAGGACCUACAGAGUGGAGUGGAGGCCAGGGUAGGCUUCCAGGGAUGCUUUGCAUCUCUAGAAGUCAAUGGCAGGAAACAGGAUCUGGAGGACUCAGCUAUCAGCAUCGAGAUGGAUAAGUCCAACCUGAAACGUGGCUGUGAAGAUAAUGGGGAUCUGUGCCUAGCUGAUGUAUGUGCUAAUGGAGGCCUUUGUAUACCAGGUUGGAAUGGAUAUAGUUGUGAUUGUCGGAUGACCAGCUUCUCAGGAAUCAAUUGCUCUGAAGUGAGUACAUCCUUUGGUUUUGGUACUGGUGGUGGUCUCAUCUCAUUGGAGAUACCUGAGUCUCAAUGGUUACGGACAGACCAUGAUGAUCUCAGUAUGGGUGUGGCUACCAGGUCAGCUAAUGCCAUCAUAGCCCGCAUCGACAGUGCUACUUCUGACGACUACAUUGAAAUGGAACUGGUAAAUGGUUAUCUCUGGACCAUGUACAACUUUGGAUCAGCUGACCACAUGAUCAGUGAUGACGUCAAUCGCAUCAACGAUGGCGCAUAUCACGUGAUUCAUUUCUCAAGGACCGGGGCCAACGCUUCUCUGCAGAUAGAUCAGUAUGCUCGAGUUUACAAGACACCGAAAGGCAAGCAGUCUACAUUCUUUGAUGACCAGGCAAUGAUCAACCUCGGUGGACGUGGUGAUAUCAGUGAAAGCAAACGAAAGAGGAGAAGAAGAGCGCCUUCCUCAUCUCAGUUUGAAGGCAUGAUGUCUGGUCUCUCAUACAAUGACAUGAGAGUACUAGAUAUAGCAGCGUCAGAUGACCCACGCAUCGUACUCAGCGGGAAUGUAGGUGAACUCCAGAAUCCAGAGAAUUACAUCUAUGGCUCACCGAUACCAACAACGUCAGAUGAGAGCACUAUCUACCGCAUCACCACCACCAGGAAGACACCGGUAUUACCACCAAUACUCAAUAUAUCAAGUACAGCAAAUUCAGAUCUCACAUCUCCAACAAAGAUCACAAUGUCAAUAGCACCUACAUCCGAUGGUGAAUACACACCUGAUGAUCAAGAUAUUAUAUUUGUAACUGGAUCUGGAUGUUUGUCUGAUGUUCCAGAGGACUGUUCUCCACAAGCUGCAGUUACUCCCAGAGGUGAGGAUAUCUUUGUACCCGGAGAGACUAUGAGUACACCCCCUCCUGAGAAGCCUGGUGCCCCAGCAACCACGGAAUCAGCUUCUCCCAUGUCUCCCCAACCCCUUCCCCCUUCCAGCACAGAGCCAGGAUCAGGAUGUGACGAUGAUGACGAGGAUUGUAUGACUGCUUCAGGAGAAACUUCAGGCACCAAACCCAGCCCAACCAAAGACUUCACUUUCACCCCAGUUGGUGGAGGGGCUACCGUGAUAACUGCUGGAUCUACCCCUCAAUCCGGAGCCAGCCAGGGUAACAAUGGGUUUGAUUUCCUUGGCGAAGCUGGGCUGGUGGUGGGCGCGGUAUCCGCAGCAGCUGUAAUCUUUAUCCUUGUCAUCCUUGCCAUCUAUAAGUUCAAGAAUCGAAAUGAAGGCUCGUACCAGAUUAACGAGAGUCGGAAUUACGACUACGAGGCAACGCGCACCUCCCUCUUACCUGCCACGGCCACGAAUGGCACCUUACCAUCAAAACCUAAACCUUCAUUACCGCCAGAGUAUGCGACAAAAGAAUGGUAUGUCUAGCAGUAGUUAUAGACAUAGAUAGAUAUAUAGCACAUAUGUAGCUUUGUCUUCUUUUUGUAUAUUUGAAGAGAAAAAACAAUCACAUAUAUUAUAUAGUAUUUCAAUCAAAAUUAUUCUACCAGUGUGUGUAUAUAAAAAAGCAAUGUCCUAUGCUAAUUUGAUAUGCAAUUAUGAACAUAUGAAGCACUAUGGUGGAUGCUUCAGCGGUUGUUUUUUUAAGAUGUUUUAAGGAUCUUGCCAGAUUAGUUAAGAUGAAUAGCAUACAAGUGACACCCAAUUUAUGGACCUCAAUCAAUUGACUAUCACUUACAGAGUUUGGUGAUAGGAGUUUUUUCUUCUUCAGAUAAUGAAAGUUUAUUUUAUCCAAAUUAAAAUACAAAGCCUAUGUCCUGGUUCAAACCUGAUGUUGAAUCUCUUUUGAGAUUUAUGAACCCUCUCUCAGUAGAAAGCACUGAAAAUGUUGUCUCUGUUGCACUUUAGGUCUCAGUGUUGGUUUGUGUACUUAAGAUUCACCAGACUACUGUUGAAUGAGAAGCAUGAUAUCACAUCAUUUAUUUGUAUAUCUUCCAACAAAUGUUUUGGUCAUGUAUGUAAUAUUCUCUGCUUGUAUAAGUAUGUAUUCAAACAUGUGAAUUUUGUUGUAUUAUUUUAGAAUCUGGAAAAAGUUUUAAGCAUGUUGUAUUGGAAUUCAGACUUUCAUCAUGUCUUGUGACAAUAAGGGAUUAAACUGUAAGUGCUCUUUUCAUUAAUGUUGCUAUGGAAACAGAGGAUGAUAAAGCAUUGUGAACCACCAGACUGUAUCAAAGUUCUUGUGAUUUUAUUGAAAGAAGAAUAGAGCAUGGACUAAUGCUAGGUAUUACUUCAUUGAAUAGCAUUUGAAUCAGUAUAUGUUCAUCAAGCUAUAAGCAAUGGCCUGACUUUUUUUUACAAACAGACCAUUUCACAACCCUAGAUUCAACUUUUAAUGUCAAAAAGACAAAAUGGCUGUCAGUGGCAGUCUAAAUUGACAAAGUUGUCAUGAUAUUUCAUGUGAAAGUCUGGAAAGAAGCUUCAGAUGUGGGUCUUGUUUUUUUGCAAUAGAAUUUUACUGACAAACAUUUGAUUAGGUGCUACAAGCAAAAUGAUUCAUACUUGUCCAUGUAUUUUUUUUCCCCUUCAUUUUCACUGCAUUUUAUUGUGCUGAAUAUAGAUUACUUGUGACCACCUCGUGAAUACAACUCAUUGUAAUUUAUUGAUCAAACUUCUGUGAUUGAUCAAUUACACGUAUAUGAUUAGCCAACAAUAAAACACUUUGAUUAUGUGCUUAAUGAUAAUCUUCCAACUAGACUCAAACUCAAGCCUCAUUCAGAUAUGAUUUGACAAACCUCAGUAUUUCUUAUCACCCUACUUUAUAUACUAGUAAACAUAUAUCUUACACUUCAAGGCUAAAAAGGGUCCAAAGUUGCAUGGAUAAUCUGGUGAAAUUUUAAGUGAUAUCAUCAUUCAUGUUAUACAGUGUCAUUAAUAUUUUAAUAUGGCAUCAUGAGUUUGUUCAUGCAACCCUGGACAGAUAAUUUUUUCGAUGAUUGGUACACAUUCUUAUUUUGUCUCCUUGCAAAAACUCUUGACCUUUUUUUAUGCCAUAUGCUUCUUGUUGACUUGUACGCAAAAAUAUUGCGUAGCUUUUUUGCUGAGUUUUGUCAAUCCAUGUCUGAGUGAGGCUUUAGCAAGAAUGGCAAAUUGGCAAUCCACUAGCACUUAACAAGAUGCAAUCAUAAUGUAUGUACUGAGAUUCAAUUCACUUUCAAUCACAAAGCAUAGAAAUUCAAAUUAUAUGACAGCUUUGGUUUUGUCCUUUGAUAGAACAAACUAAAGAAACUGAAAUUCAAAGAAAUUAAGCACAGUACUAAAUAUAUUGCUGUUAAAGUUGUGUUAGUAAUUUAUUACUAAAUGUAUUUGCUUGUAUGAAUGACAUAAUUAUGCUUAUCAUAUUCUAAUUUAUGGAAAUGCAAAACACAAUAUCAGUCUAUUUUGAUUUUAAGGAAUUUUUAAGUUUAAAUCCUUGUAAGAUGGGGAUACUAAUCAGCUUUUAAAAUCAAUAAAUUGUGUUAAUUUUAGAGUUUAAACAUGUAACCCUUAUCUGGAUAUUGCAUUUUCCAGAGCAGUCAAUGUGUGAUUAGAUUCGAUGUUAAAUGUGUGCUAAUUUAAAGAUUGGGAAAGCUUUAUAAAGUCUUUUGAGUAGACUUGAUUUUCACUUUUAUUGAUGAUUAUGUGAUUAAUUAUUGUUUAUAUAUCCAGUGCCAUGUAUUUAUUUACAUAUUUCAUGUUAAUUGGGAUAUCUUUUUUUUUUGCAUUUAUUUUCAUAUCUUUCAUUAUUUUUCUUUUGAUUCCUUUUUAUGUGUAAACUGAAACCAACAUGAAAUGAAAUGAGAUACGAAAAACAACUUAAUUAGAUUUUUCAUUGAAGAUUAAUUGCCAGGUGCAAUUAUAAAACAAAACAGGCAAGACAAAGAAUUACAUAUAAUAUAUUAUAAUCAUUAUUAUUUAUAUUACUAUUAUACUGUCAUGUAAUGUAAAUAUGGAUUACCUGUAAAUCUUACAUUCCUUUCACACAAAUUAUGUUCUGUAGAAAUAACAUAUACAGGUUUACAAAUGAGAUAUUGUAUAGUUUGAUGAAGAAAGACAGGUGUACAUAGAGAUAUGUAUCUAGUUUGUAACAUAAAUAACCCAUGAGUAGACUUUAAUAAAAAAUAAAAAAGAGACACAUUCUAUCAUCAGAGAAGUGUAGUUAAAAUUAGUUCUUUUUAGAAAUCUUAGUAGAUUUUGUGGUUAUCAUUCUUGCUGAUAUGCAUGUAUCAGUCAUUUCUAAUCUGUUUAUUCAGACAUUGGUUUUUAAACUUGGAUAUAGUAAAACUAAAUUCUUGUUUUACUUAUUCACUUGGAUUCUUGUGGUAAAAUGGGUGAUAGAGGCCAUGAUUAUUUGUUUCAACUUAUUUUAUUGAGAUAAAUUCAAAGGAAAAAAUGAGAGCUUUUUGUAUGCUGAAUACUUGGUUAUUCCCCCCCCCCCCCCCACUUAUAAUAUAAUAUGACAAUAACAUUGUUGAGGGAACUUCAAAAUUACAUAAAUGGGUUUAAAGAAUGUGGCCCAUCUUUGAGAGUAUGGUUUAAUGCAAAAUUUCUUCUCAUUUAAAAAACUAUUACCUAUUGAUGCUUGAUGCAGAAUUAAUUCAGUAUAUCAUUCUCAUAAUCAGGCAUAUGUAGAUAUAUAUAAAAACUGGAAUAUAAAUUGAUAUGUAUACCGAUUGCUCUACUAUAUCCUUAGCUUACAUUCUGUCAAUUAUUAUAUUUUGUUCAGAAAAUACAUCAAGAGCUGAAGUGACAGCAAUAUACGAUGCUGAAAACUUAUACUUUUCAUCAGCAAACAAUAUUCAAUUAAAAUGAUCAUGUGCAGCAACAAAAGUACCUGUAUCUCUAUUCCCGAGAUUCGUUAUCUCUUGAACAUAUAUGCUGCAGUGAAGCAAUUUGAAAAAUGGUUUCAAAAAAUUACUUUCUUUUAAGCACCCUCCAUAAUACAGUACAAUGUUUGUAUUUGAGUAUACUUCUUAAACUACAAGCUUGUGUAAAAUAUUUUUCCUAACAUAUGGGUGCUGUGUUGAUAGUUUAUCAUAAUGUACAAGUAUUUAUAAUGUACUUUACCCAGGAAUUAAAAUUCUAUACAAAACAAUUCCAAUCUUGGUCUUCAUUUUUGACUUGCUGACCCAUUUGUAUUACACAAGACUACAUUUUUUUGUAUGAUUAGUAUUAUAGGGUCAUUUUAUUUAUGGUUAAUGUUUUUUUUAGAUAAAGCAUGCAGCAAAUUGGCAGUGAUAUUUAUAUGUCAGACUAUGUAAAAACAAAUCGCUUCCAAAUGAGUUCAUGGUAAACCUCUACAGUCAUUUAUUUGAAAAGAUUACUGUUAUGUAUUUUGUUUGUUUCAAGUAGGUUGUUAUUUUGAUAUCUUUUAUUCAGCCUCCCUGGCAUAUUUUCAUUAUGCAAGUGUAGCAAUAAAUGUGAAUUUGAAUGACUAUAAA